AAAAUCUCCACUUUUCAACUACGCUUUCAUAAUCAACACAGCAAAGCAAACAAAAGCCAAAUGUCACCAACCUUUGCGUACAUCAAUUUUUUAUUGUACCUCAAACUUGUUUUCAUUUUUAAUGUUUAUUUUACUGAUACGACCUUGGAAUUGUUUUUAAAAUGAUUAAAACCACUUAUCUGGUUGUUAGUUUCUUCCAACAACUUGCUAUGUUGUAAAUAAAGUAAUUACAACUGAGCAUGUAACUCGAGGAACUUUUCUAAUUUGCAUUAACAUGGCAGAAUCAUUUCUUUUCGAUAUUGCUACUUCACUCCUAGGUAGGCUUGCUACUUAUGCUUAUGAAGAAGUUUCACGAGCCUAUGGUGUGUAUAAAGAUCUACAAGAGUUCAAAGACACUUUGUCCAUUAUCAGAGGUCUUCUGUUGGAUGCUGAGUAUCAGAAGGACCAAAAACAUGGGCUGCGUGAAUGGAUGAGACAGAUUCAAAACAUAUGCUAUGAUGCAGAAGAUGUAUUUGAUGGAUUUGAAUUCCAACACAAGAGAAAACAAGUUGUCCAAGCAUCUAACAAAACUCGGACGAAGGUACGCCACUUCUUUUCUUCCUCUAAUCCAAUUGUUUUACGUCCUAUGACGGCACACCGAAUCAAAGAGAUUAGGAAGAGAUUGGAUAAGGUAGCAACUGAUGGGAACAAGUUUGGCCUUGCGAGAAUCGAUGUUGGUCCUGAACCUGUUUUUCAAAGGAGAGAAUUGACUCAUUCCCAUGUUGAUGCUUCAAGUGUUAUUGGAAGGGAGAAUGAUAGGGAAGAGAUUAUCAAGCUUUUGAUGCAACCCCAUCCUCAUGGUGAUGGUGAUAAAAGUAUGUGUAUUAUUCCAAUAGUGGGUAUUGGAGGCUUGGGAAAGACCACGCUUGCAAAGUUGGUGUUUAAUGAUAAGAGGAUGGAUGAACUUUUCCAACUAAAGAUGUGGGUGUGUGUCUCUGAUGAUUUUGACAUCAUGCAAAUAAUUAUAAAAAUUAUAAACUCUGUUUCUGCUUUUGGUCCACCAAGUAUUCCUCACCAAGAAAACAUCAACAACUUAGAUACUGAACAACUUCUAAGUCGUCUAAGACAUAAGCUUUCGGGUCAGAAGUUUUUGCUUGUGCUAGAUGACAUAUGGAAUAAUGAUCGUGGAAAGUGGAUUGAGUUGAUAGAUUUGAUAGACAUUGGUGCAGCAGGAAGUCAAAUCAUAGUAACGACACGCAGUAAAUCAAUUGCUAAAAUGACAGGUACUCUUCCCUCGUAUGUUUUAAGCGGUCUUUCUCAAGAUGAUUGCUUCUCUUUGUUUGUCAAAUGGGCAUUUAAGGAAGGUGAAGAAAUUAAAUAUCCAGAUCUUGUGGAGAUUGGAAAAGAAAUAGUGAAAAAAUGUGCAGGGGUUCCACUUGCUGUCAGAACAUUAGGCAGUUCAUUGUUCUCAAAAUAUGAUGCAAAAAAGUGGACAUCUCUGAGAGAUUGUGAGAUAUGGAACUUAGAACAAAAGAAAGAUGAUAUUUUGCCUGCACUAAAGUUAAGCUAUGAUCAAAUGCCGUCUUAUUUGAGACAAUGUUUUGCUUACUUUUCCCUUUAUCCCAAAGAUUAUAUCUUCUCUGUUAGUGAUAUUACCCGUCUUUGGAUGGCUCAUGGAUUAGUACAAUCUCAAAAUAGAAAUGAACAACUGAAUGAUAUUGCAGGAGAAUAUAUACAAGAGUUAAAUUCUAGAUCAUUUCUUCAAGAUUUUCACAGUAAUGGCCCCUAUGUCACAUUCAAAGUACAUGAUUUGAUUCAUGAUCUUGCUAUGUAUGUUGCAAAAGAAGAGUGUGUAGCAGUUGACUCACAUACUAGGAAUAUACCUGAACAUGUAAGACAUGUAUCAGUCGUUGAAAAUAAUUCUACAUAUAAAGCUUUGUUAUCCAACUCAAGAGGUUUGAGAACUAUAUUAUUUCCCGUCAAAGGGGUGAGCUUUGACAGCGAAACUUUGUUGGAUACAUGGAUAUCAAAAUACAAAUAUUUACGGUAUUUAGAUUUAUAUUGUUUUCCCUUUGAGACACUGCCUUGUUCAAUUGCUAAAUUGGAGCACUUGCGAGUUCUUGACUUUUCAUAUAAUACGAAUAUCAAAAGACUUCCCCAAUCUAUUUGCAAACUCCAUAAUUUGCAAGUCUUGAAACUCAUGGGAUGCACAGAGCUUGAAACAUUGCCUGAAGGGUUAGGGUGGUUGAUUAGCCUUCGAGAGUUGUAUGUAACCACAAAGCAAUCAGUUAUGUCAUUGACAGAACUUGCAAACAUGAACGAUCUUCAAGUUUUAUACUUUAGUAAGUGUCACAAUAUGAAGUUUCUGUUCAACGAGGCGCAACAACUCACUUCUAUUGAAAGAUUGAAUGUUCGAUCAUGUAGUAGCCUAGAGUCCUUACCUCUCUUCAUUUUUCCUAAAUUACAAGAUCUUGCAAUUUCAGACUGCCGGAUGCUAAACUUGUCUUUGUACAACGAAAGCCCAAUCCCAAAAUUAUUGAUGAAACGUUUAGAAAUUGCAAUGCUCAUAGGAAUUCUGACAAUUCCUAGCUGGAUUAAAUGUGUUGUAGAGACUUUAGAGAACUUAUUCAUUUUUGGCCUUCCCGAUCUUACAACACUUCCCGAGUGUCUAACAGCAAUGACUCGUCUUAAGAGACUUUGGAUUUCUCGCUGCCCUCAACUGUUGAGUCUUCCUAGUGACUUCCAUCACCUCACCUCCCUUGAAAAUUUAUUCAUACAUGGUUGUCCUAAGUUGUUCCAAAAAUAUCAGCCUGAGUCCGGUGAGUAUUGGCCUAUGAUUGCUGGCAUGAAUAUCACUUCAAUUACAAUUGAAAAAGGAAUGAUGAAGGAAUGAAGUUGUUUACCCUAAAGCUUGAUGAUGAGGAGAGCGUGGAAGUCAAGGAGUUGAUUGCAUUGCAUCGGAGGAAAUGAAUCUCACAGCAAGAGGCUUCAGAUUCUCAAAAUGUUUUCGGCUUUAUGUUUGCAGGCAAAGAAUUGAAAGUGAUUAUUUUAUAUUUCUAGUACUUAAUGAUUUAUGUCUGAAAUAGCAUUUGUGAUGAACUAAUUGAAGUACUUGUUUCAUAAUGUAUGUUGUUGAAUACUUGGAAUUUCAGACUGUCAAUUGGUAAACUUGUCAUUGUACAACAAAAGCCCAAUCCCGGGAUAAUGACAAUUCCUAGUUGGAUUGAAGGUGUUGUACAGACUUUAGAGACCUUAGAAAUUUCUAUAGCAGCUCCCAAAUCAUAAUAAUUUGUACAAAAGAGUAUUUGGGAUUUUUCGCAUGCUUGUGUUUGUUCA